AUGGAUCGAAUGGGGAAGACGAGUGCAGUGCCUCUGACGUGGUCGCGCACCGACGGCGGCCGGCCGUCGCCGGCUUUGCUACACGAAGACGAUAAUGGCGGCAAUGAGGAGGUGCUGUGGCGCGAUUGCUUGGAGGCCGCAGCGGCCAAUUUUCUAGAGAUUGAUGCCCUACUCACCGAAUUGGCGGCACUCACUUCCCCUUCCUCUCCCGCCUCUACAACAUUUGCUUCUUCCUCUUCUCCAUCUUCCGAGACCACCAAAAUCGAUCCGACCUCGUCUUCGUCCUCGUCUUCUUCCUCUGCUCUUCUAUCUGCCGCUUCAUCUUCAUCUCUUACUUCCUCUUCAUCAUCAUCUUCAUCCACAACCACAUCGGCGUGGACCGCGGCCACCUCGCCGCCCGGCAGCAGGAGCGGAUCGAAGCGCAAGGCCGCCGCGGCCGCCAAGCGGCGGGCCUACCUCGACAGCGUCGCCGCAGCCACCGACGACGAACCCUUCAUGCGCCGCCAGUCCGUCCGCUACGACGCGUCGGCCCUCCGCGCCCAGCUCCGCCUCUUGCCCGCCUCCGCCUCGGCCAUCAUCAUCAGCUCCACCACCGGCGGCGGCGGCAGCGGCCACGUCAGCAACAACGGCGGCGGCCGUCGACCGGCAUCGACUGUUUUCAUCGAGGGCGACACCGACGGCGGGCAGGACGAGCUGGCCCUCGCCGCGCGCCACCAGGCCCAGGCCCAGCCGCAGCCGUUGAGGCGGCGAACGCCGAUGACGACGACGCAGCCGAUGGUGGGGCAGACGAGGCCACAGUCGCCGACGCAGGACCAGCAGCUGCUGCGGGAGGCGGAGACGGGCGACGUGCGUGCGGUGGCCAAGGCGGCCGAGCAGGGCGACGGCGAGGAGGAGCUGAUGGGCGAUGAUGAUGAGCAGGCCCUCGAGGGCCAGAGCCGAGGCGGCGGUGAUGGCGACGAUAACGCGGAGGAGGAGGAGGAGAAGCAGGAGAAGCAGGAGAUUAUGCGGGACCGGUACGGCUUUCCCUACGAGAACGCGCAGGAGCAGCAGGCCAUCGCCCACCGCUACGCCCCGCUCAUCGACGACCAGAUCCGCGAAUGGAAAGCGUAUCUGGCGAAGAACAAGAACCGGCUCAACAAGACGUCCCUCACGCUGAAGCUGCUCGUCCGGCGAGGCAUCCCCGUCUCCAUACGACGCGAGGCCUGGCUCGUGUGUUCGGGCGCUCGUCGCAAAAUGCAGCAAAAUCCCGGCUACUACUUGGAGCUGCUCCACAAGAAGGAGGUGGACACCACCUACAUCGAACAGAUCGAGCUCGACGCGCCACGGACGUUUCCGCACCACCCCUACUUCGGGGAGGAGGGCCAGAGCAAGCUGAAGCGCGUGCUCGUGGCCUACAGCCGACGCAACCCCAAGGUCGGGUACUGCCAGAGCAUGAACUUCGUGACGGGGAUGCUGCUGCUCUUCAUGAAGGAGGAGGAGGCCUUCUGGAUGCUCGUCACCAUCAUCGAGGAGCUUUUGCCCCAGGACUACUAUGGGGAGAGCCUGGUGGGGGUGCAGGCCGACCAGCGGGUGCUGGACACGCUGCUGAUGGAGAAGCUGCCGCACGUCGCCACCCACUUCGAGCGGCUGGGCUUCACCCUGCCCCUCAUCACCACCCAGUGGUUCUCGUGCCUCUUCGUCAAGGACCUCGGCGCCGAGUUGGCGCUGCGUGUGUGGGACUGCAUGUUCAACGAGGGCAGCAAGAUCCUGUUCCGGGUGUCGCUCGCGUUGAUCAAGAUCCACGCCCAGGAGCUCAUCCAGACCACCGACUACCAGACCCUCUUCGUCACCAUGAAGCGCAUCACCAAGAGCACCUUCGACCCAGAGCACCUCAUGAGGGUGAUGUUUGAUGGGCUGGGCGGGUUUCCGCGGAAGAAGGUGACGCAGCUGCGCAACCACUUCUACCCGGUGGUGGCGCAGGAGGUGGCGGCCCUCCAGCAGAUGCGCGCCCAGCUGGCCGCCCAGACCGCGGCCCGCAAGCGCCUCACCGCCUCCGCCCUGCUCGCUGCCGGUCAAUAA